AUGCAAAGAGUGCGUGUUUCAUCGUACAAAACUCCAGUUAACAAGCUAGGGGAUUCCAAAAAGACAUUAUCUUCACAAUUUAGAUCAGUUGCAACCCAGUCGUCUUUGCUAGAUCCUUCACUAGAAUUAGAGCUAUCGAAUAGGGGAGAGCAGCUGAUUCCAGGCCUUCCUGAUGAUGUUGCUUUGCAAUGCCUCAUCCGGGUUCCAUUUGAUAAACAUGCUACCUGCAAGGCUGUCUGCAAGCGUUGGUAUUCAUUGUUUGGCAGCAAGGAGCAUUUUUUCACUCGGAGAAAGGAGCUUGGUUUCCAUGAUCAGUGGCUUUUUGUCUUUGCACACCACAAAUGUACUGGAAACAUAGAGUGGAAGGUUCUAGACCUUACCCAGUUCUCUUGGCACACUAUUCCGGCUAUGCCUUGCAAGGAUAAGGUCUGCCCCCAUGGAUUCAGAGAUGAUCACUGCACGGUCAUUUUUUGCUAG